AUGUGCAACGACGACAACAAUAGCCCCACCCCCCCACCAGCUGGCGCCAUCGCGGCCGAUGAGGUGAGAUGUCUUCAGAAGUACUGGGCGCCCAACGAUGAGAGAGAGAAGGACAGACUCGACCUUGUGCAUAACCUUUACCUUUUGACCUUUGACUACUAUCUCGGAACUGCGCCGCCAACCCGAGAGGACUCGAAAGUCGGCCGCGUGCUCGACGUCGGCACAGGCACCGGCCUCUGGGCAAUUGAGUUCGGAGAGGACCACCCCGAGGCUGAGGUCACCGGAGUGGACUUAUCGGCUUCUCAGCCAAGCUUGUACGACAUAUAG